AUGCAACGACAAGCAGAGAUCCUCGCAACCAUCAGUGGAGACGAAGCAAGAGACGAAGCAGAUAACAGGAGAAUACCACUGGAGCUAGCUAUGAUCGACUAUGACUCUCGUCCCUCUCGUACGCCCUCGUGUUCGGUGGCAGACUGGGCCAUAUCAGAGGCCUUGCCUUUUCCUCCCUUCACAGUGGAUGUUGUGUCGGACGCCUCGCUGGGCGCCAAACACCCAGAAAAUCCCCUUGAGCAUAUUGACAAGCAGGUACAUUUCGUUUCUGGAUUUCAGAAACUCGCGGCACAGAGGCGCAAGGUGCGACGGCUCAGGGUACGAGCAAGGGACGGGCGAGGUCAACUAAAAGCUACGCGCCACCGCCUCCAUGGUGCCCUGCAGCGCUUUUUCAAGACCAUCGAAGCACAUCCCUUUGGUUUGGACAGUGAUCCCACACUCAUGAAGGAUUUGGAGACAGCAGAAGUGGCCUGCGACGAACUCAACUCCGAGGACAUUGCUCAGGACAUUGUAGAAAGUGAUCUUCUACCAGAAGAAUGGGAAUUAGAAGACUCGGAACGGAGACUGUACGAAGCCGUACUUGGUCCAUCAGCUUCGGACGAGGAAGAUGACCUGGAUAUCGAUCUUGGAACGACGGUUCCACCGGAUCGUCGCCCUACGAAAGCCCAUGUAGACAGAACAUAUUUACCGGGACCCGAUGAGGCGACGGCAGACGAACGAUUGUUGGCACUGGUGGAGGAAAGGCGACACUUGAAGGAGAGUCUCGAGAACCAGGAAAAGGAGUACACAGCCCUAUCGAAAGAUAUGGAGAUGAGAAUGGCAGCGGGUGUUCCCAUUGACAUCUUCUCGCGUAACACUCUGGAAGACUUUGGUGAGCGGCGUGGCCAACUGCUGAAACAUAUUGCCAGGUUGAGCUUUCAGAUCAGCGAGCUCGAGGCUAUGAGCUCGGAAGCAUCGCUCCAUGAUUCGAGGCAAUCAAAUGUUCUAUUUGGUCUCCAUCAGUUCCAUGACCUGGAAACUCGGAAAUACAUACAGGCUCCCAAAGAUGGCGACUCUCCAAUCUUGCAGCUUUACGACGACGACGAUGGCGGACGCAAGGCUGACAUGGACUCUUUCUUAGGUCAACCCCUCCUGGAACAACUGGAGCGUAUGGACGGUCUACAGGAGCAAAAUCCUGUUCCUGCCAUCGUCCCUUACUCGUCCUUGAUGUGGGAAGUGGAUGACGAGCUCUUGGACAAUUUGACAAAUUAUGUCUCUCUCUGGAUCCUCGGAUGUAUACAGUCCUCUUGGUGGUCGUUCACUCGCUUGGCAGCCUGGGUAGACACUGCAGGCAAAUUUACUGUUCAAGCAACUACGGAACUGGUGAAGGCGACAUGGUUCGAGGAUGGAGCAGGCCUGUCUUCUUCGUUUGUCUGGAGCGAAGACCCAAGGAGUUCGAUCGUUUCCGAACAUCAUAUGGACGCGACCCUGACUCCGACAUCUGGUACAGUAGGAAUGUGGGAGCCUCUAUGGCAGGUCGAUGGACCAGAACGUCGGCACACCUCAGGCUACUCCGGUGGGAAGUCUCACCAACAAAGAGUGCCGAGCCAUAGUCACCCUGGCACAGGCCGAGUCGAGCGAGACCCUCCAGUACCAAGUGAUAGUGUCUGGUUGGCUCCGUGA